GAUCCGAGGAUCAGCUGGAGGAAGCAAUAACAGAGGGAAAAUCUGCAGGGGAAAAAUCGAACAAGAGGGAAAAACUACAGAUGUUAUGAUCUGAACAUCAAGUGUAAAUUCUAGUUUUACACGAAGUCCCUUCUUCUAAGAAGAAAGCCUUUUUUUUUAUUUUAUAUUAUGGUGUUUUAACUACCUCACUUAAAAGGCUACCUAAAGCUAUGCUUUAAGAAUUGUUGUCGUUUCUACUUUGUGUGAGAUCAUCACGUUUACAACUUGAAUUAUAUUGCUAAUGCAGGUAAGCUAUUAAAUCUACUUUGCUGUUGUUUUUUGUGCUUUUUGGAAGGCAAACUGUGUAAGCUUGCAGGGUAUCAGGCUACCUCUGCCACUGACGCCUGUAUAGCCAUCUAUGAUGAUGCAUAGCCUAUCUCAUAACAGAACGAUGAAGAAAAUGCUAAUUAGGUUGUGUUAUAAACAGAUUAAUUCUGAAACGAAACAAUCAACAUUAUGACGGAAUUAAUCCAUUGUAGUAGUGGCUGUCACAGAGGACAAUGUAUUGUCUCGUUAGUUCUGCAUGAAAUGAAUUCUCGACUGUUAUGCAUCCUAGACAUCCGUUUAUAGGUCAUGGAAAUCUUGAUGGCUUCCAUAAAUUGAUGCUUUUACGGAAAUCUCGACGUCCGGUUUAUGAUCUCACAGAAUAUGAAAAUUAUGUUUACAUAAAACCUGUCCCUGUUUUUCGAAUGAAGACGAUGGGGGGGGGGGGGGGUAUUUUUGAAUUGUGCCUUUCUCUAUGAAUCAUGUCAUCAGUACUUAUGUAGGCCUAUGUAUGGAUUUUGACCGACCUCGAUAUUAUAAUCGAUUCCUUCGCAUCAGUCCUCUACUGGUGAGCCUAUCUGUCAUUGCCAUGACCCUUCAGCUAUCCAUAGCGGUGUCACAGAGACUCGGAGCUUACACGGAUAAUUAAUGUUUAACCUGACCGCUAUCGACAAGGACUUAUUCUGGGCCUUAUUUUUCUCGUCGUCGGUGACAUUGGGAAGGUUUUUGUCAUCCAAAUUACUUUCUGUCGGUCUUUGAAUCAAAUGUACACUGCUUGCUGUCGGCCCCAUAAAAUAAUAAAACAAAUAUAUGUUUUUCAUUUCUCUCUCUCUCUCUCUCUCUCUCUCUCUCUCUCUCUCUCUCUCUCUCUCUCUCUCUCUCUCUCUCAUCGGCAUCUGUCAUGUGGAUUGAAGAACUCGAAACAAAGCAGUUAAGAAUGUUGAAUCAUUCCUUUAUUUAUUACCAAUGCUUGGGGGUUAUUCUUUCUUUUGUAUCCGAACAAUUGCAGUUUAAAUACAUAAAUAAUUAUUUGACGGCAUCCGAAUUGUUCCUUUUCUAUUCGCCGCUGUUCUUUUUUCCUUUUGCUCGACUGAAGUAGGCUGAACCAGCAGCAUCAGUGACGUAAGAGUCCUUCGUCAUGCAAGCGCAUAGGAGGUAUUUAUUUUUUAUUCGCGAAGCCACUCCCAUCUCCCUCAGCUCCUCCCUCUGUUUAAAAGGCCUUCUGACAGCCAUGAGCAGAGAAAUUAUGAGGGCAUCUGGGAACAGCAGAGCAACAGAGGGCUUUUGUUUUGUAGAAUUAGGAAGAAAAAAUAAAAUCUAUAAUUGUCUACAUCUGGUCUUUAACUAUUUACUAUGAGCUUAUACUGGUUUAUAACCAGUUUAUAGCCAGUGGAUCAGGGUGAAAAGCACACAAAAUGCAUCAAUGUAAUAUGUAUUUGUACACUGAUUUAACACGUUUUAUUAUUUUUGCUAUGUAUAAUAAAUUAUUAACUCAACAGGUACCUGGCAGGGCUGUAAUUACCAUACCAUACAUGCCAUUAGUUUUGAAUAACACAUUUUUGUACAUUGGUUCAAUCUCCAUUCCACACCAUUUAAUGUAGGGGCAUGUUUCCUGUCACAAUGGAAUCUUUAUGACCACAAGUAAUAAUUUAACAGGCACAGUAAACAUUGUGAUAUCAUCCAGAUGAUAAAUGCCUUGUGUUGGUCUAUAAUAUUUCCUGCUUAGUUUAUACAGGGCAAAAAUAGGGGAAACCUCUCGACAUUUUACUUGGAUGCAUUUCCAAUGUCUUUUUUCCUGUUUUCCCCACAUAUCAGUCCUUAUAUGGACCACCUGUGCCAUGAGAGACCAUUGCUGGCUGUUUAAUGAUAUUUUCAAUAUGUUUCCAGUGCUGUUCUUGUCCCUGGUGUCGUCUGUCUGUCUUUCCCAAUAGACAGAAUGGUAUAUUUAUACACCAGGCAGAUAAUACUGAAUUAGCAUCACAGCUGACUGAUAACAUUUGCUUAUCAAGGAGACUGAAUGGUGCUUCAUACAGCUCCUUUAAAGGAAGUGUGUGUGUGUGUUCAUGAAUUGGGAACUCAUAAAAAAGUGGUCCUGGGGCAGUUGAAUAUUCUUAGGAAGAUUCCAAGUGGGCAAACUCACGUAAACACUUUUUAGAAAUGUUUUAUCUCCCAUCAUCCUGUGACUUCAGUAAGCCUUAAGGAAUGCAUGAAAAACAGUCAGGAAGGGAGCGGAUCAACGGACUCCUCUCUGUCCUCUGCAACAUCUCUCAUAUCUCCACCUAAACCAUCAACAUUAAUGGAAUUGGUAGCCUAUCGCUUUAUUUUACGAGCCUUCUUAUGACGUUUUAUAUUUGCCUUAUAAACAUAUGCAGCCACAGAUAAACCAUUACAAAACUGUAUAAUACAACGAUAAGACAGAAUCUAGAAGUCAGAAUGAACUUUCUUAGCAGUAGGUUUUUAUUGUUUUAUCCUCUCCACAAGCACAUCACACUGGUUGAAUCAACAUUGUUUCCACGUCAUUUCAAUUAAAUUGAACCAACGUGGAAUAGACUUUGAAUUGACGUCUGUGCCCAAUGGGAUGAUAAUGAAUCUGUUUACAUCCCUGUUUUGAGAAAGGCAUCGUUACUUUCUUCUUGGAUGCUUUCCUGACAGGAUACUGAUGGUCACACACACACACACACACACACACACACACACACACACACACACACACACACACACACACACACACACACACACACACACACACACACACACACAGACAGACAGACAGACAGACACUUUGACAAAGAGCAAUUUUGAUGGGAUCCGAUUAUAUCUAGAAUAGACACACGGUAUGGCUGACCUCUAUCGUUUCUGACAAAGUGUCUAGCAAAUGUGAUAAUUUGUGUGUGUAUGUCUGUGUGUGUUUUUCUCCUGAGCGUGAGACUCCUGUGUCCUCCUGCGGCCCCUAGUGUCAGUGUCACCAUGGCAACCGUCCAAAUAAGCAGGAAGUGUCGCUGUCCACCCAUCCCUCUCCUUCUUCCUCGCUCUCCUUUCCUUUCACUACUCUCUCUCACUUCCUUUUACACCUUUCUCCUUCUCUCUACCUUCUCUCGGUUUUUAUCCAUACCUGUAGCCUAAUCGUUAUCUCUUUUAAUUUUUUAUUCCUCUCUUACACCUCUCUCCUUCCCCCCCCAUAUUGUCUAAUUUUAGAAAGUACACCCUGUCAGAUCAGAGAGGUCAGUGUUCUGUCGUACCGUCCAGUAGCCUCUGCAGGAAUGAUAUGUCUCCCUGAUAUCCAAUAUCUCCCUCCAUGGUUAAAUACAGGGACAGGGACUUUAUGUGCAGGCUCCAGUGGCUCAGUUGGUUAGAGUAUGCUGCUUGCAACACCAGGGUUCUAGGUUCGAUCCCCAGAUGAUCUAUGAUGUGUCUGAACUUUUUUGUAUAAUAUACUGUGUUUGUUAUUUUUUUUACUGUCUUUGUGUUACUCCUUCCCCCUAGAUUACUAGGCCCCGAUUCCGACCCGAGUUAAGCGUGCGUAAAUUGAACUUUUCUCUCUAUGCGUAUUCUGACCUUGAACUUAAGCAUGAGAAUAGCAUGCUAUUCUCCCGCUAUUCGUUCGGGGUGGAGAUCUAAGAAAUUAAGCUGUGGUGGAGGUAUGUCUUCAGAUAAACUGUAUUCUGACCUUCAAUUAUUUCCCUCAUAAUUCCACCACCUUUACGCGCGAGGAAACCAUGAAUAAGGUCUAGCGAACCUGCCGGUUCCAAGUGGAAAAAGUGUCUACUUUUUCGUUUCUCUGAUAGAAAUAACAGCAUUCUCCAUGCACUGUAAUUUAUAAAUGAAUAAGAGCUAUUGAUAAGAGCUAGGUAAAUGAGUAAUCCGUUUGAAGAAGGGGAUUGCAAAUACACAUAGCAAUUGUUUUAAAUGAUUUUGCCUUAUGAUCCCUGGAGACGAAUGUGAAACCAGCGAUAUGGAAGCAAACUGAAAAUCAUGUCAACAUGACAUGUAUUGCGGCCCCUUUUCCACAGUGAAAUAGGCUCCAAACACACCAAGACAGUCGUGAAGAGGGCACGACAACGCCUUUUCCACCUCAGGAGAAUGAAAGAUUUGGCACCGGUCCCCAGAUCCUCAAAAAGUUAUACAGCUGCACCAUCGAGAGCAUCCUUACCGGUUGCAUCACCGCCUGGUAUGACAACUGCUCGGCAUCCAACCGUAAGGCUCUACAAAGGGUAGUGCGUACGGCCCAGUACAUCACUGGGGCCAAUCUUCCUGCCAUUCAGGACCUACACUACCAGUCAAAAGUUUGGAAACACCUACUCAUUCAAGGGUUUUUCUUUAUUUGUACUAUUUUUUACAUUGUAGAAUAACAGUGAAGACAUCAAAACUAUGAAAUAACACAUAUGAAAUCAUGUAGUGAACAAAAAAGUGUUAAACAAAUCAAAAUAUAUUUUAUAUUUGAGAUUCUUCAAAUAGCCACCCUUUGCCUUGAUGACAACUUUGCACACACUUGGCAUUCUCUCAAACAGCUUCACCUGGAAAGCUUUUCCAAUAGUCUUGAAGGAGUUCCCACAUAUGCUGAGCACUUGUCUCAAUUUGGUUGAGGUCGGGGGAUUGUGGAGGCCAGGUCAUCUGACGCAUCUCUCCAUCACUCUCCUUCUUGGUCAAAUAGCCCUUACACAGCCUGGAGGUGUGUUGGGUCAUAGUCCUGUUGAAAAACAAAUGAUAGUCCCACUAAGCCCAAACCAGAUGGGAUGGCGUAUCGCUGUAGAAUGCUGUGGUAGCCAUGCUGGUUAAGUGUGCUUUGAAUUCUAAAUAAAUCACAGACAGUGUCACCAGAAAUUAUCCAUAUUGACCUUCACGUUUCUCUUUGCUUAUUUGAGCUGUUCUUGCCAUAAUAUGGACUUGGUCUUUUACCAAAUAGUGCUAUCUUCUGUAUACCCCCCUACCUUGUCACAACACAACUGAUUGGCUCAAACGCAUUAAGAAGGAAAUAAAUUCCAUAGAUUAACUUUUAACAAUGCACACCUGUUAAUUAAAAUGCAUUCCAGGUGACUACCAAGAGUGUGCACAGCUGUCAUCAAGGCAAAGGGUGGCUAUUUGAAGAAUCUCAAAUAUAAAAUUAACACUUUUUUGGUUACUACAUGAUUCCAUGUGUUAUUUCAUAGUUUUGAUGUCUUCACUAUUAUUCUACAAUGUAGAAAAUAGUAAAAAUAAAGAAAAACCAUUGAAUGAGUAGGUGUGUCCAAACUUUUGACUGGUACUGUAUAUACUAGGCGGUGUCAGAGGAAGGCCCAGAAAAUGGUCAAAGACUUCAGUCACCCAAGUCAUAGACUGCUGAACAAUUAAUAAAAUGGCUACCUGGACCCCCCCCCCCCCCCCCCUUACAUUUUGUACCAUUCCAUUCCGUUUACCGUUCGUUCCUCUGUCAUAUCCAUGCAAGUUGUUCCUGAGGGUCGCUAGCAUUAGUGGAUCAUAUUAGGCUAACGUUGUGCAAUAAUUUGGGACAUGUAGCCUAUUUGAAUCAUUAUGGAAAUCAGACCACAGUUAGCAGGUUAAACCUAGAGCCUGGCGCACGGUUCACGACGACUGGACCGUUGUCAUACAGUUCCAUGAUUAGUGAGAAUUAGGGUCGAUUUAUAGGACUAUUGUUCAACCCCUAUUGUACACUUUCUUUCCAUCUUCCAAUAUUUCAUGGAUUGAAUUUGAAUAUGACAACUUUCAGGAUGAAUCGAUGGCUCUCCAAACCUGUUUUGUUUUUUUAUGAUUCAUGCAUACUUUCCUAACCCUAAAAUGUGCCUAAAUAAUCUACAAGAUCAGAGUAUUUUAAAAUCUACCAGUUGGUGCAGAAAUAGAGACGAAGAUGCAUAGAUGGGUUGGUUGUUUAGCAACAAAAACGAGGCACGCACAACCAUGGGGCAAAACAGAUGACAACAUGUAAGUUAUAUUUCGUCUCCAAUGUUUUUUGAAAAAAUAAAUAAAUUUGCACAAUGACCACUUGAUGUCUCUAUCGUAUCUGAAGAUUAUGUCUUUGUUAAAUGUUUUUCAUGACGGAAUGGAAUGUUGGUUGUUCAGGCCAGAGGGGGGAGGUUUUAUGAUGUUAUUUGAAAUGUGCCGCUUGGAGGGUGACGGCCGAGGGGAGACUGGUGAUUGGCCAGAAGAAGGGAGUAGCCCCUCCCUUUGCAUUGUUUAUAAAUAGGGGGUAAACGAUUAGACGGCAGAACGACCAUAUCAAUCUGGGGAGUCGUUCUCCGGGCAACGCGUGUCUGUAAUUUAUGCUGUAACCUCGUGGUAUGAAUAAAAACUUCUGACACGAUGCAGCAUAACGGACUUUUUGUUGACAGCGAUAAUGGCCACCAUUCAUCAUAUACGACAUCUCUCAAAUACAUUGUUCGAGUUGUUGGUUAGCUAGCUAGCGAAUUUUAGCCAUAUUAGUAUUGUCAUUAAAUCAGUCAAAACACCUUAAAACAAGAAAUGGAAUCAAUAACAAGAUGAAACGAGCCACUUACGAUUCCCCAAAUCGCAGUUUCUUAUCAUUCUUGCUAGCAAUCUGGCCAUCCAGAAUCACAACAACAGACGCGCUGAAUUACAUUUAUUCAAUGCGUGCAAUGGAACCACCGUUAUGCACCUUCAUAAGGUAACUACUGAGAAAGAAACGCGUGCGUAAGAAAGGCGUAAUUUCCUAAAUCGGAAUCGGGUGCCUAGUGUCUUCUCUCCGUUGUCCAUCUGCCCUAAACCCAUUCUGUUAAUUGGUCAGCGUUCACCAUAGCAGUAGCACAGGGGGGAGGGUGUAAAGCCAUUGUUCCUCAGGAACAGCCUGGCUGAGUCUCGUUAGUCUGCAAUAGCUUCCCUUCCCUUAAUCUAAUUUCCUUCAUUUUAACCCAAUUCAAAGGACUCCUCUGAAAGAAGCCAUCUAUCUGUUUGCAUUUGUGUCUGAGUGUCUUACAGAUUCUAACUGCAUGCAUUCAUUCUAUGAUCCUAUUGAGAAAAUACUAUUGUGAUUGUUCACGAUUUGUUGCGCUUAUUAAGCUAUUUACUUGUUAUUCAUUUCGGAAAUACAUUACAAUUAAUAAAACAUUUUCCAACUUGAGUUGAAUUCUUUGAAGUACAGUAAGCACCACAAUGUGCGCACCGUUGUUGCUGCAUCAUUUACUAGUAGAUGGAAGACAAAUUGACCAGUUGAAACAGGACUGUAAAAAGUAAUACUGUUACCUUCUCCAGUCAGCCUGUAUGACCCAGACAAGCCUCCUCACUGACCUUGGAAAACUCAGAGUUAGACAGAGACUGCAUCUCAAUACUCUAGUAGCUUCCUCUCCUCAUCUCUUUCCCUUCAUCAUAUGCACUGAUCUGAGGACACAGAACAGGUGAAGAAAUUAUAAGUGGAUGCCUGCUGGGCAUUUGCUUUCAGUUUACCCGUCCAGUUCUUUCAGAUUAGUGCGGGGAAGGGAAUGAAACGAGGAUGAGGUGAGGAAAACACGAGACUGUUGAGAUGCAGCCGACCUAUCACACUUUAUAAUCUUCUCCUCAGAAAUGGUUCCUUCACCAGCAUGAUUAAAGUAGCCCUGGAACAGAGAGGCUGUUUUUGUUCAGUUCUGCUCACAUGAUUUUGCCACAUACACUACAAAAGUAUGUGGACACCUGCUCGUCAAAUAUCUCUUUCCAAAAUCAUGGGCAUUAAUAUGGAGUUGUUCCCCCCUUUGCUGCUAUAACAGCCUCCACUCUUCUGGGAAGGCUUUCCACUAGAUUAUGGAACAUUGCUGCGGGGACUUGCUUCCAUUCAGCCACAAGAGGAUUAGUGAGGUCGGGCACUGAUGUUGACCGAUUAGGCCUGGCUCGCAGUUGGCGUUCCAAUUCAUCCCAAAGGUGUUCGAUGGGGUUGAGGUCAGGGCUCUGUGCAGGCCAGUCAAGUUCUUCCACACCGUUCUCGACAAACCAUUUCUGUAUGGACCUCGCUUUGUGCACGGGGGCAUUGUCAUGCUGAAACAGGAAAGGGCCUUCCCCAAACUGUUGCCACAAAGUUGGAAACACAGAAUCAUCUAGAAUGUAAUUGUAUGUUGUAGCGUUAAGAUUUUCCUUCACUGGUACUAAGGGCCCUAGCCCGUACCAUGAAAAACAGCCACAGACCAUUAUUUCUCCGCUACUAAACUUUACAGUUGGCACUUUGCAUUUGGGCAGGUAGUGUUCUCCUGGCAUCUCCCAAACCCAGAUUUGUCAGUCCGACUGCCAGAUGGUGAAGGGUGAUUUAUCACUCCACUGCUCCAGAGUCCAAUGGUGGCGAGCUUUACACCACUUGGCAUUGCGCAUGGUGAUCUUAGGCUUGUGUGCGGCUGCUCGGCCAUGCAAACCUAUUUCAUGAAGCUCCCGACAAACAGUUCUUGUGCUGACGUUGCUUCCAGAGGCAGUUUGGAACUCUGUAGUGAGUGUUGCAACCGAGGACAGACGAUUUUUACGCGCCAUGCGCUUCAGCAAUCGGCGGUCCCUUUCUGUGAACUUGUGUGGCCUACCACUUUGUGGCUGAGCCAUUGUUGCUCCUAGACGUUUCCACUUCACAAUAACAGCACUUACAGUUGACCGGGGCAGCUAUAGCAGGGCAGAAAUUUGAUGAACUGACUUGGAAAGGUGCCACGUUGAAAGUCACUGAGCUCUUCAGUACGGGCCAUUCUACUGCCAAUGUUUGUCUAUGGAGAUUGCAUGGCAGUGUGCUCGAUGUUCUACACCUGUCAGCAACAGGUGUGGCUGAAAUAGUCGAAUCCACUAUUUUGAAGGGUUUCCACAUACUUUUGGCCAUGUCAUGUCUCUCCUUCAUCUGUUUUUUUACCACUUUGUGGUGUGCAACGCUGCUUUCUAAAGUUCCUCUCCACUUACUCCACAUUGUAAUCUAAAUAUUUUUCUUGCUGUUAUUAAUAGUCUCUCCUGUCUCUCUUUUGUCUCCCCACAGGCCUUUGCAGCGAUACCAAGUAAAACCUUACAUUUGCACUACGGAAGCCUGUCGAGUCCUGUAAGAACAUCAACCUACGAGAUCAAGACAAAAAAAGAGCUUGAAGGAAAGAGAGGCCAAGAAAACCGUGCUCACUUUCCUGACCUGGCAACUGUUUGACAAAGCAAAAAGCUAAAUACGAAUUCAAAAAUACUUAAUAAGUAGCAAAAACAUACACAUUACAAAGGCAGCUAGCUUUUCCUUGAGAACUACAACUACACACAGCACCUGACUUCCGCGACCCCUGAUCCUUGACGUUUUACCCAUUGACGUGUACCCGACCAACCGGCCCAGCCAUGUUCCAAGCUCUGAGCAGCCUGUUCUUCGGGGAGGUGGAGGAGGUGGCCGCCGAGAUCAAUGGGCCAAAUCCCUGUGUGACCGACGCUGACGAGGAGGGAUGGAUGCUGGUCAACCUGCCCGGUGAGUCCCCCCUUAGGGAUGGGUGGAGGGGGUUGGAAGUGGAGAGGAGAAGGGGAGUCACUAGAUGGCCAAUUCAGAAUGGACAGAAGUCCUGUAGAGCAUGUACAUCAGCUGUUGGUUUUCUAAGGUCAAAGGUUUUGGUGAUUUGUGGUCAGCACUUCAGUCCUCUCUAGUAUGGCCAUAUAGUGAUGGGGGGGGUGAGAUAUAUCGUAAACAAUCUCCAUCAAAGAGAAUCUGAAUAGUUUAGAGGCCACUUCUCAAACUAAACAUAUAAGCCCCAAUGAAACACCUCACAAAACAGUCAGUACAACAAUACUGUCACUGACAUGACCAGGCGGUUAGAGGUUCGAAGUAACUAAUUAUAUUAUUCCUAUGUUUAUGUUUUGUGUUUCUUUACCCUUUCUUCUCCCCCUCUCCUAUUUUAUUUAAAUACCCUGACAUUUCUCACACUGGUGGGUUUGUGUGUUUGUGUGUGUGUUUGUGUGUGUGUGCGUGCGUGCGUGUGCUCCCCUUUUAAUGACCCCAAAACCUGCAUGGCUUCUUCCACUUUCUCCCUAAUCUACACCACCCUAAACAUACACCACCCUAACCUACACCACCCUAAACAUACACCACCCCAACUACACACCCCCACACCCCACACUCAACAACACCACCCUAACCUACACCACCCUAAACAUACACCACCCUAAACAUACACCACCUAACCUACACCACCCUAAACAUAACCACCCUAACCUACACCACCCUAACCUACACCACCCUAAACAUACACCACCCUAACCUACACCACCCUAACCUACACCACCCUAAACCAUAAAAAACACACCCCUAACACGAACCUAACCACCUAACCUACACCACCAACCUAAACACAUACACCACCCUACAUACACACACCUAAAAAACAUAACCACCCCACCUAAACCACACCACCCACAACCCUACACCACCUAACACUACACCACCCUAACCUACACCAACCUAACCCACACCCACCCAAAAAAAACCAACCUCACCACCCAAACACACCCACCCACACCACCCUACACCCACACCACCCUAACCUACCCACAACCACCCUACCUCACCACCCUAACCUACACCACCCUACCCACACCACCCUAACCACACCACCCUAACCUACACCACCCUAAACAUACACCACCCUAACCCACACCCCCCUAACCUACACCACCCUAAACAUACACCACCCUAACCCACACCACCCUAACCUACACCACCCUAAACAUACACCCUACCUCAAUUGGCCAACUCCUCCAUGGCCCCACCUUUACUGUGUUCUCAGGGGAAGCUGAUUGUGCGAUGCUAGUAGAGGGAGGGAUCAAGGUGCCAUCGAUAGCACAGGCGCUUGCACAAAACAACCAAUCAAAUUACCCAGACACACCCACCAGAACUGAGUGCCCCGUCCCCUCUCCGAACCCUUCCCCCCAACAUCAGAAUCGCCGCAGAACACACAAAGCUUGUUCACGAGCGGCGACAGUGGCGCCAUCAGACCCCCUCUCCACUCUCCCUUCUGCUAGCCUGUUAGCCGCGGGCAUAGCUACGCCCAUAUCCCUAAAAAGGCGGGCCAGGCUCUCCACCCCAUCUGUGUCCCCUGGCAGUAGUGGGUCGGAGAGAGGCUGCAUGGACGAGAGCUGGUUCGUUACCCCUCCCCCCUGUUUCACUGCAGAGGGAGCCACGGCGGAGACCAGCCCCAUGGAGGACCUGCUCAUAGAACACCCCAGCAUGUCCGUCUACGUCUCCCCUAGCAACCUGUCCAUGAUCUCCAACGGCAACCUGUCCAUCGUCGGGGAGGAGAGCAUCACCAGCCUGACAGGCAGCAUGAGGUGAGGACCGACCGACCCAUAUCUUAUUAUAUCUUUGUCACCAUGUAAGAGAUUUGGUACAUAGCCACAGUUCUAUGAGAGAGCUACAUAACUUAUUGACUAAUGUUCUAUACCCCCACUUCCUCGUAUUCCUCCCCUCCUCUAGCAGGGUGGCAGAACCAGCCGCUGCCCCUGCCGUCCACAAUACAAUGCCCACCAGGGUGACCCGAGGAGCGGCUGCCCAGGCUGGUACCCUGGCCAAGGUCACCCAGGUGGCCAGGGUUCAGAGGGGCAAGGCCCGCACUGAGAGGCGCCACCUUGGACGCAACCGCAUCCAGCGCCAGAACCGCACUAGGGAGCAGGUUCCCCGCCAUGCAGCCCACGCUAGAAACACCUACUUGCACCAGCCCUGCCAGCGCAACAUCUGCCACUGAGCCUCCACACCCACAGGGGGAGCCAUUUACUCUGAGGGCAUUAGUGGUUAUACUCCCCCUUACAUACACACAGGUAGAUUUAUAUGGACACACACAUAUACACAAAUAUGUAAAUACACAUGUACACACAGCACAUAGACACUCAUUCUCUCUCUCUCUCUCUUUCACUAACUCACUCUCUCUCUCACACAGACACACAGACACACAGACACACACUCAUUCAUUUACAUAGGCUACUG